AUAAACCAAGGAGUCGAUAUGCUGUGAAUAGCUCUAGUGACACCACAGAAGAUCAAGAUGGGGACUCCAGAGACCAAUGUCCUCUAACUGAUGAGCAAUUGGUUUCGGGGUUUUCGGAUGUCAUCUUGGCAACAAUUUUGGCUACCAAGUCAGAUAUGUGUGGCAAAAAGUUUGAACUGAAGAUUGACAAUGUUCGCUUUGUUGGCCAUCCCACGUUGCUUCAGCAUGCCCUGGGGCAGGUAUCCAAAACUGAUCCUUCACCAAAGAGAGAGAUGCCCACUAUGAUUCUCUUCAACGUGGUCUUUGCACUAAGGGCCAAUGCAGAUCCAUCCGUGAUAAACUGCUUACACAACCUCUCCCGAAGAAUCGCCAUAGUCUUGCAGCACGAGGAGCGCCGCUGCCAAUACCUGACCAGGGAGGCCAAGCUGAUCUUGGCUAUUCAGGAUGAAGUGUCUGCCAUGUCAGAAACCACAGAAGGGCCACAGUCACCUUUUCAUCACAUCCUACCCAAGUGCAAACUGGCCAGAGAUCUCAAAGAGACAUAUGACAGCCUCUGCACAACAGGGGUGGUCCGUUUACAUAUCAACAACUGGCUGGAAGUGAGUUUCUGCCUGCCUCAUAAAAUUCAUUACGUCGCCACAAACUUUAUACCCCCUGAAGCAAUUGAGAGAAGCCUGAAAUCUAUCAGGCCAUACCAUGCCUUGUUACUUUUAAAUGAUGAGAAGUCAUUGCUUAAUGAGCUCCCGUUGGACUGCUCUCCUGCCCUGGUGAGAGUAAUUAAAACUACCUCUGCUGUGAAGAAUUUGCAGCAACUGGCUCAAGAUGCUGACUUGGCAUUGCUGCAGGUUUUCCAGCUUGCUGCACAUCUCGUUUACUGGGGAAAAGCAAUUAUUAUUUAUCCCCUGUGUGAAAACAAUGUCUACAUGCUGUCUCCAAACGCCAGCGUCUGUCUUUAUUCUCCAUUAGCAGAUGCAUUUUCUUGUCAGUUCCGGGGCCACAACCUGCCAUCGAUGCUUUCCAAGUUCUCCCUCCCAGUGUCACUCUCAGAGUUCAAGAAUCCGCUUGCGCCACCCGUUCAAGAGACUCAGCUCAUUCAAAUGGUGAUAUGGAUGCUCCAGCACCGGCUUCUUAUUCAGCUUCACACUUACGUCUGUCUGAUGGUGCCACCAAAUGAGGAGGAUUUCCGAGCCCAAGAUGAAGACAUGCCCUUUACUGCCAGGGUUGGAGGCCGAAGUUUAAGCACCCCCAAUGCUCUCAGCUUUGGGUCUCCAACUAGUAGUGAUGACAUGACUCUGACAAGCCCUAGCAUGGAUAAUUCCAGUGCUGAGUUGAUACCUGGUGGGGACUCACCCCUAAAUAAAAGGAUGACAGAGAAUCUCCUAGCAAGCUUGUUGGAACAUGAGCGGGAAGCUAUCCUUAAUGUCCCUGCUGCCCAAAAUCCAGAAGAUCUUCGCAUGUUUGCAAGGCUGUGCACUAUUUCCGAGGCCGGCACCAUUUGGAAGAGAUCAUGUACAACGAGAACAUGCGUCGCUCCCAGCUGCUGAUGCUGUUUGACAAAUUCCGCAGUGUGCUGGUGGUGACCAGCCAUGAGGACCCCGUGAUUUCAGUUUUUCAGUCUCUCUUAAAGUGACUCCACCGGCAAAGGACGGGAACCUGCUACUCUCCAUACUGAUAGCCCAAAAGACGCCUAAAACCUAAAGGAGGUGAUUUCAAAUCCCUUCUUGCCCUGUGACGUAGAGCAGGUUCUCGAUUUCUCACCUGCUCCGCGUGGUGACAGCGGAGGACGGUCUGCACGAGGGCCCUGGGGCCUGCUGCAGGACAGCAUGCGCUUGCUUGGUCUGGAUUCCGGCUGCACCGGUGUAACAGCACGGGAAAACCCUUCCCUGACCCUGCUCCUUCCCCAGGGCUUGUGAGAGCAGGCCAAGAUUUCCAUGGCAGUGUUACUGACAGUACCUCACCUUCAGGUGGACGCUGGCGCAUCAGAAGUGCUUUCUCUGCUCUCCAACAACGUGACUGCUGGGUCAUUCAGCCAUGAGCGCCAUUUGUGAGCAGCCCAUCCCCAUGGCAGAGCAUGCAUGGGCAGAGCGGAGCUGGCCUGGCUUCAGGGAAAUGUCCCUGGGCGCUGAGGAAUUCUGUUUGAUCAUCGUUAUCUGGCAGCAGCGAGGACAUAGCCUCCAGAAAGAAAUGCUUUGUUAAAAAUCACCGUAUGACUGCAUGAGUAUUUUGAUGGCCAAACAGAAACAUCUUUCGAGAGUCAUUUGAAAAAUCUCUAGAACUGAUUUCUCCUGAAAUCAACCUCAGGUUUUCCCCUAAUUCUCAUGUCAUUCGGUAUAAACUUUGCUAACAUGCAUCCAGGUCAAAAUUGAAAUGGCUUAAGAUGAGGUCAAUUUGUGCGUGCUUGAAAACACCAGGGGAGCCCCCAAAGACCUUUCCCCUUCUCCGCUGCUCCAAUUUGCUGCAGCAAUGCCAUACAGUAUUCCCAGAUGUAAACCCCAACCACUCACAUUAAACAAGUUGCUCUGCUGUCCUGAGAUCUGUGUGCACGUCUAGACUUGUCCUGCUCCUCCCCUCCAUCUACAGGAAGAUGUAACAAAACUGGAAGAGAUUCAGGGACAGGCAACCAGGACGAUCAACAUUAUGGACUAGCUUUGGAGCAAAAGCCUAAGGAAGGAAUAACUAAGUAGACUAGAAACCAUCAGCUUGGAAGGCAGCUGAGGAGGGGAUAUGAAAGAUGCCAGAUCACAGGAGACAAAAGAUGAUAUAUGGGAAUAGAUGCAGCCACCCCAUGGUCUCCACUGUUAAACUCCUGGUGCUCUGCAGCUUUGCGCUGCCAAAAUCCAGGAAAAUACCGAUGCAGCUCUGGGACGUCACUGGAGAUGUGCCCCUUUGAAAGGAAAAAGCAUUUAGUGUUCUCAGUAAUUUGUGUUCAGUUUUCCCAAGCGACACCUUCAGAAAUAUGUUCAUGUUCCUUUUACAGUCUCCUGGUCAAGUCACUCAGGUUUUCGCAGCAUUCCCAGGGAGACCCUGAAGUACUCAGAUAUUUUGCAUCAUAUUCCCUGCACAAAGAUGAUGAAACUGUACGUAAUCAUCAGAAGUUCAUGCUGUGAGCAUAAGCUACUAAGAGGGACCAAGCUAUGCCACAACAGACUUUUUUUUUUUUUUUUUGUCAGUGUUUCCUUGUGUUUCAUGCACAGCCACAGCGAGAUUCAAAACAAAGUUUCCAAGAUCUGUCCCAUAUCCAGAAAAUAAAAUGUAUCUGCCUUCUACCCAGGUGCACAAGUGCCACCAUGAAAGAGAAAUUCCUCAAUCCUUCCCUCAGACUAAACGACAGGACAGGCUUCUCCAUCUGUUACAAGAUGGGAAAAGCAUCUCAGGUACGAUUCGUCCUCAAAUCCUUCCUUUCAACACAUCUGCGCGUGAGCAAAUACACCGAAGGAGUAAAUCCUACUUACGCAGCUGCAGCUGCGAUACACAACGUGCACAGCCACGCUAUUUACUUCAGUGCCUUCCUGACAAAGCUGGUGGUGGCAGCUGUGCUUGGGGCCCGCAUAGCUGCAGGUACGACAGGCUAACGGGGAGUAAGCCUGUAACAAAAAAUCCGACUAAGUCCCUCACAACAGCGAGCUCUUUAACUGAUUUGCUACAAAACUAAACACAGGUAUAUAAGGGAAAAUUUUAAAGAAGUCUUUCUAGAAUUCAAAGGCUAAGCAUCAUCUUUUUUACUAAAAAUUAUUAUUCCUGAUAUUUCAAACACUAAGAAUCCCAUCCUGAAUAAAGAACCAUCCUGCUUUCAUUAUCUAAACAGAUUUGACAGAGGCAACAUAAUGAAAUUCGCAUGUGUUCAUCCACCAGGCUCCAGACCUCCAGCUAGACAGACAGGCUCUUCCCCCGCAGCAGAACCUGGCACUGGUUUUCUGCUUGGCUCCUGUCCAAAGGCCAAAACCUGAGGAUUAAUGGUCACUGUUACAACAUCUGCUUUCCACUUAGGAAUACACAAGCGGUGGUUUUUUUUUUUUUAAGCUAUAUCUUUGAAAUGGCAAAAAAGAAAUUAUUUUUGAGAUUUUUUUUUCUAACAAAUGAGUAUUUAUCUAUGAAAUACCUGGUGCCAUUUCAAGGUGCCUAAUUAACCAAUAGCUUAAUUGCAAGGCAAACACUGUCAUUCAUGCAGGAGAGAAAACCCCCAGGUUUUAGAAGUAAUGCUUGCAUGUUAAGAAGAGCUGUGGAAGGAGAGUCUCGGUGAAUUCCAGAAUCAUUUGAUUAGGGGUUGAUUAUAUUAUCUUGAGAAUAAUAAAAGAAGAUUGAAGAUUCUGUAGCAGUCUGGGUAUUUUGAUUUGGUGUUGGUUUUUUUUUUUUGAUUUUAAGAUACAGCACAGCAGCUAAAACGCUCCUGCAGGGACUCCUUGCUUAAGUUUAGGACAUC